GCCAUUCUUCCCACAACAAACAUAAACAGCCAGCUGGAGGUGAAACAGCUGCCCCUACCUUAAGUGUUUGAUGGCCGUUAGUGGACGGCCUGUUUACAGAAGAGAGAUGUUUGAAACUCUGUACGAGUGGUUCUGGUGGGACAAACUCUGGCUGCCUGCCGAGCUGUCGUGGGCCGACUUGGAAGACAAAGAAGGUCGGGUCUAUGCCAAAGCCUCACAUCUCUACGUCACGGUGCCCUACGCCUUUGGCUUUCUACUCAUCAGAUACCUGUUUGAAAGGUGGAUAGCAACGCCGCUCGCAGUCUCGGCUGGAAUCAGACAUCGAGUUCAUCUGAGAGCAAAACACUACCCCAUCCUGGAGCUCUACUACACUACUCACAGUAGAAAUCCACCUCAGGCUGACAUUCAUAGGUUGUCUAAAAAAAGCAGUUUGCCAGUCAGACAAAUUGAACGCUGGUUCCGAAGAAGACGGAGACAGGAUCAUCCUGGAGUCCUAAAGAAGUUCAGAGAGGCCAGCUGGAGGUUUGUCUUUUACCUGUGUGCAUUUCUGGGAGGAAUCACAGCACUUUACGAUAAAGAAUGGCUGUAUGACUCUAGAGAAGUAUGGACAGGUUAUCCUAAGCAGUCCAUGCUGGAGUCUCAGUACUGGUAUUACAUCCUGGAGAUGAGCUUUUAUGGCUGUCUCCUCUGCAGCGUUGCCUUUGACGUCAAGAGGAAGGACUUUAAGGAGCAGAUCGUCCACCAUUUGGCCACUCUGAUCCUUCUGUCAUUUUCCUGGUGUGCAAACUUCAUCCGAGUAGGAACGCUGGUCAUGUUAGUCCAUGAUGCUUCUGAUGUUUUACUGGAGUCUGCCAAAUUAUUCAACUAUGCAAAAUGGGAGAAAACCAGCCAAGGUCUUUUUGUUGUGUUUGCUGUAGUGUUUAUGGUAACACGACUGAUCAUCUUUCCAUUUUGGUUGAUGCACUGUACCUGGGUCUACCCAGUGGACCACUACCCAGCCUUUUUUGGCUACUACUUCUUCAAUGUGAUGCUUGUGGUUCUUCUAUUCCUUCACAUGUUUUGGGCCUACCUCAUCUUCCGCAUGAUCCGGAAGUUUCUGUUUGGCACACUAACAAGAGACGAGAGAAGUGACAAUGAGGAGGAAGAAGGACAAGAGACAAGCCCAACAGAGGAUGAAGAUGAUGAGCAACACAAGCCCUGCAACGGACUGUCCAGUGAUGCAGGCAGAGAGAAGAGUGGCUGCUUCGAUUUGUCUCCACCAGGGAACACCUGUUUGUCAAAGACUAUGUCAUGAGUUGGGCUCAAUAGAAUCUAUCCUGAACCAAAACAGCCUUGCUUCUCAGGCGGCGAUUUCAACAAAGUGGGAAGAAGGGAUUUUUGACUCAUGUUCUGGAACAUUUUGAGAAAUGCGGUGAUGUUGAGAUAGUUGUUAAGGUGGAGCAGGGCCAGUCUAUCGGUUAAUACCCCAGUUGGUACCACACAGCACCAUCUCCUCCUAAUUCCAUUUUGUACAUGUGUUCUUUACCAUUGACCAGUUUGUUUUUCUUGGAGGUGACAUUUUUUUCUGUAUUUGAAGCUUUAAUCUCAUGAAGACUUUAUAUCUCAUUUGCAUCUGUGGUUCUGAACCCUGGUAGAGCCGGCUGGCUGCGGAUGGUCAGAACAAAACGUCCUAUAAACCCGUUCCAUGCACAUGAAGUUGGGUUGGAAGCAACCAAAACUGAGCACAAAAUGGCAAAAGAGCUAAACUGACUCAGACAUAUUGUCACAUUUGUUUAAGUGGUUAAUGUGGAGUAACGUCUCUGGCUUCUGGACUUGUUUUACUCCUCGUUUUCUAACUAAACAAAGCACACAGAGAUAUGUAAUCACACGGCACAGCAGCUUCAGCUGCUGACAUUAAACUAGAAAAAGUACAAACACGGUUCCUCCUUAGAAUGACACAACACUGCCAUCAUAUGGGCAAAAAGCAACAAUACCUUACACCAGCAUUUCCUGACACAAGAAAGAACACUUGAAAGAGAAAAACAUAAUAGUAAGUGUGAAAAAAAUAAUGGACAAAAAAAGAACACUCAUGUCAGAGAAAUCUGCCCUUUCAAUGACCUCCUUCAUAUCAUUGAUUCAAUUCCAAAAUACUUUAUUAAUCCCAAAGGAACAUUAAAUGCUGCUAUAACUCAUUUUAUAGAGGUUUUUCCCGGCAGGAGGGAUCUCCUGUAGUGGUCUGUCUUACAGCAGAUCUGGAGAAGCCUCUGACAGAAGACUCUUUGUUGUUGUAUGAGAGACUGAUGAUUUGUGUUCUGUUAUCUUGAUGUCUUUUUUUCAGGAGUUCUGCAGAAAACCCAAUAAAUAGGAAAAUAUUCAACAGUUAUGUCAGAUUUUAGAACAAGACCUGUGACACUUCCAGUCUUUAUUCAAUUUAACCAAAUUUUUGUACGUCAUGUUAUUUUUCUAUAAUCUGUUUUCAAUUUGCUCUGUGAUGGAAACUCUAAUUGUCUUAAGUGUUUAUGAGGAUAAAGACCAGUUUUAAUGUAGAGGUAAUAGCAGGUUGUAGAUUGUUCUAUUGAAAAAGCAUUCUUCCUCUCUCUCUCUCUCUCUCUCUCUCUCUCUUUCUCUCUCUUUCUCUCUCUCUCUCUCUCUCUC